GGGAAGUGACAAAUGAGUCUGUAAACUCCGCUGUAGCGCUGUCAACAGAGCCAGGCUGGAUUCGGCUGAUUGACCGAGGGCCGUGAGAAAGCAACGCGGCUGGCUUUGUCUCGUCGGUGUUUUCGCUACCUGUUCAGCAUCUUCUAGUUACCUGACCCCCUCCCCCGUGUGUCCUGGGGGUGACCCGUGGUCUCAAGGUGUGGGUGGAUGUCAAUCGGCAACAUUGUCUGAAGUUUCUGCGACUUGGAAAAGUGUUGUGACUUUCUCUACCUGUUCGGUGUGACACAGCAGUGGCGGAGGUGACUCGGGGUUUAUACAGGACCUCUCCGACUCUCGGACUAUAUCUUGAUAACAGACGCAGCAGCAGUAGCUGAAGAUGAGGAAGCACGGUCGUGGAUGGAGUGUGGCUUUCACACUACUGGUUCUGAUCCUACAUGAAGUCAAGGCCUCGGGGAAGUUGGACUUGAAGUUUCACAGUUUCUUCUCCAGUGGGAAAGGGUCCAAUGGAAACUGCUGCGAGUCCGUUUUUUCUUGGAUUGGUUGUGGCAACCAGUGCGAUCCGAAGUUUACUCUUUGUGUAGACGAAUCGGACUCCCACAGUAUCCAUGAUUGUUCCUUGCUUAAAAAGGAAACAGGCGUAAUGCAUGAACAGAACAACAUAGUAUUUGGUACUAACAUCGGAGGGACGUCUAAUCGGUUUGUCAUACCCGUGGUCUCAAUUCCUUCCAAGGUAAAAGUGAAGGUCGACGUCUACGAUGAUGACCCAGGUACCGGUCACGAUCAUAUGGACAACUUGGCAAAGGUGUUGGAAAACUUCUUUGUCAGCCCCAAAGCCGAGGGGAGCCUGUACGAGACGUACACCUUGUCCCACAGAACAACGCUGAAAAUACAGUUUCGUGCCUACUGUGACCCAGACUGGUACGGUUCUGUGUGUGAGAUUUACUGCAAGGCACAGAACGAUGAAUCGGGCCAUUAUACAUGCCAUGAACACACGGGAGAGAAGAUAUGCAAUAUGGGCUGGAAGGGCGACAACUGCGAACAGAAUAUCGAUGAAUGCCAAGCUGGUGGUUACUGUCAGAAUAAUGCAGAUUGUGAAGAUUUGCCGGGGAGCUUCAAGUGCAAAUGUCGAGAUGGAUUCGGAGGAAUGUUUUGUGAAGACAUUACUCACCAAUGCGCCACGGAUCCGUGUGUAAAUGGAGGCAUCUGUUCCGGAAACGAGACAAGCUUCAACUGCACAUGCCCAAUCGGCUGGUCGGGAGAUACAUGCGCAGAGGAGGUUGACCCCUGUGAGAGUACUCCCUGUACAAGAGGGACAUGCUUGUCGAACAACGUCACAGCAACUCGCUUCUCGUGCGCCUGUGAGUCUGGAUGGACGGGAGCCACGUGUGAAGUGGACAUAGUAGACGCGAUACCAACUGAUGGUGAUCCCUCCGCCAUUACGCUCCUGGGUGUAAUUGACAACAGCAAUAGAGACAAUCUGACCAAUGGCUUGAUCAAGCUGAUACAAAACCUGGGAGGUGUUCCGGAAACGGUCUAUGUCAAGGUGAUCACAAGAACAAUACCCAUCAACAGCGAAACAACGACAACCCGGGUGGAGUUUUACUCGUCGCUUGAAGAUGGGACCGUUCUGGACAAUGAAGCUGUCAACCGCAUAUUCAGCACCAACGACGAUGACGACAUCAACCCCUAUCUGCCACUUCCGCUCUACCCGCCAAGACCCAAGUCCGGACCACUGGGGCUAACAGAAGUUGAGGUGCGGAAGGAAAGUUGGCUGACCAACAACUGGUAUGCGAUCGUUCUCCCUCUCCUCAUAGCGUUAAUCCUGGUGAUCCUCUUAGCGAUAAUCCUCAUCCGUCGAAGACGAUCAGACAAGUCCAAGGAACUGAUGCGAUGCGAAAGCAACGUGAUGGACGCCGAACCCAACCACAUGGCUUUUGAGAAUGUUCUGUAUCGCGAGGCGAACAAGGAGAAUCUUCAGAGACAGAACAACGAUCAGCCUCUUGACGGCGAACCUACGGCUAAUGGCGUACUGGCGACUGGCGGCGCCUGCAGCGAUGAAGCAAACCCCUACUGCCAACCAGUGCAAUAUGACACGCUUCCGAAACAACCCAACACUCUUUGCAACAGCGCUGGUCAGUACGAGAACAGCAAUCUGGCCACUCUGGACACCCGCUGUGAAGCAGGAGUCAAUGAUUACACGGACUUUGAUGACCUUGACGGAGAAAAGGCUGCAGCGGAGAAUCACUAUCAGGAGCUGGACGAGGUCCUCCAACAAAAGGCGGCCAUUGCAGCUGGUAACGGUGACGUUGGCGAUAUCAGCGACGUCUCUGCUGGCAACAGUGACAUCGAGGACGACAUUGACAAAAUCAAAGAAGAAAUCAGGAAAACCUAUAGUGAAGCCUGAAGAAAAUAGUAUUGUUGGGUCCAUAUAACAAGAGAAUGUCUCAGCUAAACAGUUGCAGGUUCUACGUUAUUCCCCAAAAGUAUCUGUAUGGUUUAAAAUGUGUUCCAUACAGAAAGACAGAUAUUGUGGAGGCGUUAAUUGCGUUUAUUUUUAAUGUAUACCUACAGAAAAAAAAUCUUUAAAAACGUUUCGCAUGAAUUGGAAUUUUGAAAUUGUAUUGAAAUUACAUAUUUUUGUACGUUGCUUAACAUUUCACGUUUUGAAAAAGCUUUGCAGAGUCUUAACAUAAUAUCUGCUGUCAUGUGGUCGAAAUAUUCUCGAUGCAACAUUACACUUUAACUCACUGUAUAUAAAGUCUUGUAGGGACGGUUGAAUUGUACAUCUGUUACACAUUUUGCCCAAUUACUGAAUAAUACAAAUUGCCAGGGAAAGGUGUACACUUGAAAAUUAGAUUUGAAAAACAAACAAACCCCAAAAUAAUAACUUUAAUAGGCCAGAAACAGUGGCCAGAACAUAACAACUUCCGAAGCCACAAUAGGAUACCCGUAGAGCAUACAUUGCCAUCGUGUAACCAUUUUUGUUUUGCUUAACGUCCAGCCACCGUCAGAGGUGUAUACUUUCUUUUUCUCGUCAGUAUAUAAUUAUUGUAAAUAGUGUUUUCUAUAUAUAUCAUUAAAUAAAAUGACCAUGUACAUAUUUUAAUAUCUCAAUUUCGAUGUAUCCGGGAUUGUAUGAUACGGAGCGAUAAUGACUAAGGCAAAUUGUAUGUGGGGGUGGGGGUGGGGGUGGGGUCGGGGAUUAGGGUGGGAGAUUGUACUUAACUUGGUUAAGGCGUUUGAGGGGCGGCGGGGAAGUCUAUAUACAGAGCUUUCACUCGUUACGCUGGAGACCGGGUUCCAUUCUACUCAUGGAUACAAUUUGUGAAGCCAGUUCCUCUUGUUCCCCGCCAUGAUAUUGCUGCAGGCAGCGAAGAACAACACUCACUCAGUGGUUUGUCCAUUUUCCCGUCGUUGUUAGUUUACCGUAAUAUCUCGUUAAAAUGGACGUGAAGAAAGUAUUCAUCCUGGCGUUACAGCAAAACUGUAUUCAUUCUAUUAACAGUCUUACCAGAGUGUGUUAUACCAGUGUGUAUAGUGUUAUGAAUACUUCGGUUAUAACGAACUCAAGGGACCAAUAAUUUAGUUCGUUAUUACCCGAGAUCUAUAAAGGCAUUUUGAUUAAUAUAUACACGAGAAAGGCUGGACCUGAAACAGUUUUUAUACCUGUCACUUACUGUAACGUUUACUGUAAUUAUCCAUUCCCUCAUUAGAGAGGGACAAGUGUCUCAUUCAAAGCGGUCCUAGCUCUGUGUCUGUCAUAAGACGUCGUGAAAGUAUGGGAAUUUCGAUAAUUGUAGCAGUAAGAUCUCUUUGUGGAGCGAAGCCCUGGUGCCAAUCGACAAAGCGGAUCUUGGCACCAAGACGAUCGUGUCUGCUGUACUUAGCCAUAGAUUUAUGACAGUCUUAGCACUGAGAUCGAUUUGCCGAACGGCGCCUCGUGUGCUGCUCCGCGAAGCAACCUUUGUUCCUGGGCCCCGUUCCUCAAAGCGAUCGUAGCGCUACGACAGUCGCAAGUCUAUGUUAAAGUAUUGGAGUUACGAUCACCUUAGCGCUACGAUCCCUUUGAGGAACGGGGGCCCUGGACUUUUAAGGAUCACGAGCUCCUUGUGUGUUAAGGACGCUUUGGGCAUGCGGACCAUGACCUCUGAAGUAUUUCUUGCCAACUGAUCAUUAUUAUUAUUAUCAUAUAUGUAGACAUUAUGUUGUAUUGAUGUUUUUCACAGAUGUACAUAAAUACUUAUACAAUGAACACUCUUUAGUCCGAACCACUUUGAAUACUAUAAAGCUUGAUACUUAACGUUGUAACCUAUUCUAUUUGUUAUGCCGUUCGGAUUAACUGGGUGUCGUUGAAAUUUAGUUUUGAUACCACGUGACACAACGUACCAAUUUAGUAAUGUAUAACGGUGUUUCAUUUUAGAACCUGUGAUGUUUAUAUGAUUGUGAUAUAUACUUGAAUAAUAUAUAAACUCAUUACAUACAUUCCACCAAAAUGUAAAAUAUGGUCUUUAAAAAAUUGCAAAUAUAUUUUCAGAUACACGCAAAUCUCAAUUCAUGAUCAUAUUUUACAUAAGCAUAAUCACAUUUUUAAUCAUAUGAAGCCUUUUCAAUUUUUAUAUUACAAUGUAAAUAUUUAGUUUGGUACAAAACUAAAUCGGCUCUUCCAUUGCUUCCCUAUUUCUAUAUAAUGCACUGUUACCUUGUGAAGAGAUUAUGAAAGAGAUUCCAUAAACAAAUGAUAUUAAGCAAACCCAGCCAAGAAGGCAAAGGCGAGUGCCCCUUUAAACCAGUGCUAUGUUUUCCAACUUCGUGCAUUACCUUAUUUUUAUUUGAAUGUACUGAGCACCGAGAUCUAUGCAUACAUUGACUAUGUCCAUCGUGAUCUGUUCGAUUACCAUUUCAGAAGUUGGGGAGUAAUAAGAAAAGUGAGAUACUUUAUGGAUGACAACCACACUAUGGUACUCAGGACUUAUCGUUAUAAGAAUCUGUACCGUCACGUCACAGUGUAGUGGGAAAUAAAAUGAAUGCGUUUAGUUUUACGCCGCACUCAGCAAUAUUCCAGUUAUAUGGCGGCUGUCUGUAAACAGUCGACUCUGUACCAGACAAUCCAGUGAUCAACAGCAUGAAAAUAGAUCUACGCAACUCGGAUACGAUGACAUGUAUCAACCAAGUCGGCCAGCCUGACAACCCGAUCCCGUUAGUCGCUUCUUACGACAAGCAUGGGUUAUUGAAGAUCAAUUCUAACCCGGAUCUUCAUGGGUCGUGUAGUAACGAAGCGGUCAUCCAUACAGUAGCAUACCUUUCUUGUACUUCCACCAUGAUAUGUAAACCGUGCUAUUAUACUAGUUUGUAUAGUGUUGCAUACCAUCAUAUCACACUGCUCCAUUGCUGCUUGAAAUAAAAUUGGAAAUUUUCAAGGACGGGUGACCCUGACCUAAUAGAAGUCAUCACAAGGUCACUGAAUUAUUAAAUCCACUGACCCAUUUUGGGCAAAACACCGGACUUUGCUCAAACAUAAUACACACAAGAUCUGCGCAAAUUUACGUUUGUUGAAUCUACUCUUGUGAUCAUGUUAAAUGACCUCGAGUGCCAUUAUCGCAAACGCUAGCCAUUCGUCACCGGUCGUUCAUUUCCGCAAGUCCUUCCAUCGCUUCCGGAAUAACACGAGUGGUUCCGUAUGUCACAAACUGUAAUUGUGUGCCGUAUGAAAACAAUCUGAGUUGUUUGUAGCUGUUAAGUGUAACGCUAAUGUUUAACUUUGUCCUAUAAUCACAUGCCAAUCCAUGAUCCCUUGUAUUUGUACAUUAAUGCACGCAGGCGACAUUCGUGACCUACUCGUUUUAUUCCAGGGCAAACCGAACAGGAACUCGGUUCUUUCUCCUGGCCAUUUUCAGACUGGGUACCGUCUAAGCGCAAACAGGCGGAUCUAAAACAUUUGCCAUGUCAUGGGACGACCUUUUGCGUCCAAGCUAACGUAUAAGUCUCCGAUAAAUUAUAUAUAUUGCAGAAGAUAUUUAAACACGUCGGAAUUAACUGGUUGCACAGUUAACAGUAUUUUGGAAUAUUUUUAUAUUCAAGACGUAUGUAAAACAGAAACUUAUUCCUGAAAGAUUAUUUGACCAACGUUCUUGAAGUCAUACACGCAUUCAUAUUGGUUUUUAUUUCCACACAUUACUUUAAUCGAUAGGGUGACGUGUCUGCUUCCGGGUUACGGAAAGGGCCAAGUGGUGACGAAUGAAGUGGCUAUUAUGCCUUACAUGGCGGCUUAAACGUCAAAGGCCGUAUUACAGCGGCAAUAACAUUCGUAACUACUCGUCCCUUUCCGUAACCAGAAAGAAGACUCGUACCCCUUUCGUAGCCAUGUCCGCGAGAAAUAUUCCCCCAGCCAAUCAGAAUGCGCGUAUGUAAAGAAGAAAUUGGGUCAAAAUAGUUAGUUGAAAUAAUUUUCAUUUCGGCUUGCAUAAUUUUUCCCCAGACACUUCAAGUAUAUUUUAGUUAUUGCAUAGUCCUCCUGGGUUUCUUGAAUUUGUAUAACCAGGAUAUAUUGACAUUAUGGCGUAGGAAAGAUUCACCGUUUACUCGGAAAAAAAUCCUUGGUGUGGAUGCCAUGUUUGUUUUCUAAGUAAACUAGAGUUACAUGCCCUUCGAAAUAGUUCGGCGACUAGACUAAUUCUUUCUCUCGGCGCUUUUGUGCUCAUGGAGCAAUAACGCAGGUCAGGGAGGGUAUUUAAUGAGAAUUCGUGGACGAGAUCAUGUUUACAUGAUAUUUACCUUUCUACAGAACAAGCACUACGUUUCAUUCUAACAAUACUCUGUAUAUUUUUACCUUUUGUAUAUAUUUACUUGCCUGUUUUAACACACAUUGAUCAGAGUUAUGUCUACUGGAGGAUACGUUUCAAUAAAGUUUGUUCUUUCCA